UCGCGCUCUGCAUUUCAAGAGAUCCUCGUUGGAGGCAACUCCCACUCCGUCACAUGUAAUCGUGCUCUCCUGUUCCCGGCUCUAAGUUGCUCGUGCUGAUUCCCAAAAUUUACCCACAUAUCUCCUCGGAGUGCUUCUGGACUGUUGAUAAACCAAAGGGUUGGUGAAAUGGAAAAGGGGGAAGUAACAUAGUUUCCGGAAAAUAUCUAAUAACGCAAUGCAGUAUGUGUUACAGAAUCGCAUUAGUUUUAAUCCCAUUGAUCGCCCUCUCCAAUUGUUGCCCGUUUCCUUGUAUAUGCAGAUGGAAGAAUGGCAAGCAAACCGCGGAAUGCGUCAACAAGGAUCUUCUCGUCAUUCCCGAAGGACUUGAUACCGAGAUUCAAGUGCUGGAAUUUUCCGGAAAUAAUCUAAGAGCAUUACAUAGAGAGAAAUUUCUGAAAUUAGAUUUAAUCAAUUUACAGAGAAUACACUUAUCCCGAUGUAGAAUUAGCCAUGUAAAUGGACAGACGUUCAAAGGGCUGACAAAUUUAGUGGAAUUAGAUUUGUCUGAGAAUUUAUUAGAAGCCAUUCCUUCUGAAUCAUUUAAAGACUGUACGUCUUUAAUGAGGCUCUCGCUAAGCCGUAAUCCUAUAAAAUCACUUGACCAAAACGCAUUUAGAUAUUUGUCGACCCUAAGCACCUUAGAGCUCAGUAAUUGCGAUAUUUCAACCGUGCAUAGGGAAGCGUUUUUCGGAUUGUACAGUUUGGAAUGGUUGCAUCUAGAAUCCAAUAAAAUGAAAUCGUUUCCAGCCUCUUCGCAUGUGCCAGAAACUCUGAAAGGAAUCCAACUUCAAGGAAACCCUUGGCAUUGCGACUGCCAUUUACUGGACUUCCAAGAAUUUCUUUUCAAAUACACUUAUCCUCUCUCUAACGAACCUCUAUGUAAAACUCCAUCAACUUUGUCUGGCCGUAAGAUAAAAAGUAUUCCAAAAGUUGAGCUCGCUUGUCUUCCCGAAAUCAUUCCGACGACUUUCUUUUUGGAAAUAGACGAAGGCAAGAAUAUAUCCCUGGUGUGCCAAGUUCGCGCGAUUCCAGAAGCUGCAGUUAACUGGUAUUUUGAGGGGCAGUUACUGCAAAACGACACGUUUCUUGCACCAGAACUUCACUUAUUAUAUUACGUCGAGCAAGGAACGGAGAAUAAACGGAGUGAGUUGUUCAUAUACAAUGCAAACUCUGAGGACAGCGGGACAUUUAUAUGCAAUGCCGAGAAUUCUGCGGGCGUUUCGCAUGCCAACUAUACCAUAAGAGUUUUAUUAAAGCAGGAGCCGAAGGUAGAAGCAAAUGAGAUACCGUUCGAAUUUAUUUUGAUCGUUAUAUCCGCGACCAGUGCUUUCGUUCUACUUUUAUUAACUAUUGGAAUUUUGGCUUUGUUGAAAUGCCGCCGAACGUCCCAUAUGAAAAGAAAACGAUACGAUUCGAAAUUGACCCUGGGGAAUUCGACCGGCGAAUCCGUGUCUCUGGAAAGUCCCGAUUCGAUGAAUCAAAGCAAAAAUAGUACGUUUAAAUUAGUUAACUACGACGAACUUAAAGUUUCAAGUGUUCAAAGCGAAACGGACAGACUAUCGUUUGUGGCGCUAAGUCAGCUUCCUAAGAACUACUCGGAACGUAAUCCCGACAUCAUUAACGGUACUGAAAUUAUCGAAAAUAGUGACAGUGACAUAAUUACGACCAGGCAACAUUCAGUAAUUGGAAAUGUGAGAUUCGCUCAAAUGACUGAUCCGUGCGCCAGUGAAUGCAGUUUGUUUUUCGUGCACAGAGACACUACAUUGCAUCCUGUUGUUGACUGUUAUAGGACACUACCAAACAAACGAAGAAGUGCUGCUGCUACUCCUCUUGCAGGCGUACUCUCCAGAGAAGCGGAGUUUCUAAAUCGAAAUUCUGCCGCCCAGUCACCGUACGAGUAUUUUGGAAGCGACGUACGUUAUACAGCUGAUGGAUAUCCAGUCAAAGCGACGGAUAAAUGUCAACAAGCGGUGAUCAUCCCAUCACAUCCAGAUUCACAUAAAUCAUCCAGUGAAACGUUAGCUGGAGAGCAAGGAUAGGCGUAACUUUGUUAGCGCCCUCUCGCCGGCUGAACAUCUAUUUAACCAGUUCUGCUACCUAUAGGCCAGAAAUUCAAAUCCCUUUCGUUGAUUUUUGUUUUUAUUCACCUACUGGGAUUUUUUUAAUUAUUUCUAUAUUUCUGUAGAUAGGAACUAGAGGUAAGGUAAUAUUAACCAAACUACAGGGUGUUUAAGAUAUAACAUAAUAUUUUUUUAAGAUGUAUUAAUAAUUAAUUUUCUACUUCCUUAAAUUAAUCUAUUGAAACGCUAUCUUCCGUUGCAAAUUUACUAAUAUUUAAUAAUCUCCUUAUUAUUUCACUUUUCUAUUUUUUGCUCGUG